AUGGCGGGGGCCCCGGUUCCUUCGCGCGCCCGUCCUUGGCCAAACCCUCACCUCACCUCACCUCAUCUCAUCUCACUUCACCUUGACCUCACAUCAGGUCGGAGAGCGGCGGCACAGGGACGGGCUUUGAGAGAAACGGCUUGCAUGAUGUGUGGGUUUCUUGGUGUUCCCAUGUUGGUUGUGAAGCGUUCAUGUACAUUCUUCAUCAUUGUAUGA